UUUUCAGCCAUCUCUCUCACCCUCCCUCCCCAUCAGAUAGAACCACACAUUCUCACUCCCUCUCACAGUCGCACCCAAGAAAUGGCGUCGUUACCAUCUCCACGCCCCGCGCUCCUCUGCUUCUUCGUCGCCGUCAUCGCCCUCUCCGUCGGCCCUUCCUCCGCCGCCGCGACGGAGAUCGUGAAGCGGGUGUGCGAGAAGACCAGCGACUACCGCUACUGCGUCGCCGCCCUCUACUCCGACCCCCGCACCCCCAACGCCGACGCCUACUUCCUCGCCUACAUCUCCUUCGGCCUCGCCUACCUCAACGCCACCCACACCCGCGACCACAUCUCCCGCCUCCUCCGCAGCCCCGACCUAGCCCCCCGCAGCCCCCGCCUCACCACCAGCCUCCAGUCCUGCCGCCGCGGCUACGCCGCCGCCGUCACGGAGCUCGCGUCCGCCUACAACGACCUCAACUCGGAGACCUUCGCCGGCCUCGCCGGGUACGCCGGGGGCGGCGCCCGCGCGGCCGGGGACUGCGACAGGGCCUUCGCGGGCAGCGCGUACGCGCCGCUGGUGGCGGGGAGGAACCGCGACCUGAAGCGGCUCUGCGAGAUAUGCACCGUCGUGUCGGAGCUCUUCACCUGACGGGGGGGCCGGCUUCUCCGGCGGGAUCCAUCCGUGUUAAGCGUAGCUAAUCUCUGUGUUGUUGGUGCUUUGCUAUCUUCGUCACGGGAUCAGCUGGUGCGGUGGCGUCACGUGACGUGGGAAUGUCUCAAAAAUUUUUUUGUCUGUGUCGUUGAAAAGAUGAUGAAGCUCUCUUCUGUCUC